AUGCUGACAAAGAGAAGAUGGGUUCUUUCUUCUUUAAAGAGUAGAGUAUUAUGUUUCUCAAAAGAUAGAUUCAUCUCUACAAAGGCUUCUCUUUUACUUAACCAGGCGAAUAAUGCUGAUGUGGCGAAGAUGAAUCAUAUUAAUGGGAAUCCAAAUUUAAAUAUUCGUGAUUUAGGUUUUAUGAAAUCCUCAGACGUGAGUUUGGCUCCAAAUUUUUCACAGUUUGAUAAUUCUCAAAGUUCUGUGAAUUUAGUCUCCUCCCACAAGAGAGACGUCAUGCAACUUUGGUCUCUUUUGGAGGCGUGCUUGCAUUCAAAUUAUAUGGAAAGAGCUUUCUCCAUUUUGAAAUCAUUAUACACAGUUCAACAUCACAGAUCAUAUUUCAUUGAUGAUUAUAAUUUUUAUUUAAUGAAAUUUGUGGAGAAUUGUGGAAGUAUCUCUGAGUUACAGAAAAAAGUGAAAACUGACUUACAAAAACAUUUUCCAGAGACUGAAUAUAAUGAUAAGACAUUAGCGAUAAUGAUCCAUCAUGCGUUAUCAUUCAAAUCGUCAACAGGUAAAUCUAGCGAUGAAGGUGAAAUUGCAAAUGCAAUUAAAACUUAUUUUUUAAUGGGUAACAACGGAUUAAGAAAAAUUGUUUCCUUUGUUGAUGUUUUUACUGUAGAAGAUUACAACAAACUGUAUUCCAAAUACAAUGCUAUCAGCUUAAUGGAUAUACCUCCUGUCAUGAGACCAUUAGUGAAGGAUGAAUCACCUGUAAAUAACGAUCUUGUAAAUACUAUUAUUGGUUCUCAGAGAGAUAAUACACAUAAUUUAGCAUCAGAUGGUAAUGAAACCGCUGAUGAUUCUUCCGCUGUAAAUAUGAAUGCCGAUCAAGAAGUAAUUCCUAAGCUAGAUUUUGAUGCAACGGUUACAACUGUAGACAAAGAUGCAAGUAAACUAGUUGCUGUAGAUACUAUUGGUAUGAAAGUUGUUAGACAUACUCUAUUAGGGUUGACAUUAAAUGAAAAUCAGAAGAAAAAAAUUAAAAGUUUCCAUUUUGAAGCUGAUAAAAAUUUAUUGAACAUUGAUGAACAAAAAACUAUAGAUUUUUAUGAAUUGUCAAAUUCUUUGACAAAUGAAGCAGAACGUGAACGUUUCGAAGACGCUUUAAAUGAAUUUAACCAGGAUAGACAGAGAGCUCUAGAAUUAAGAGCAACAAAUGCUGCAAAGGAACGGUGGAAGUAUGAUUUUGAAGAAGCAAAGGCUAGAGGUGACAUUUCCAUUAAAAAAAAUUUGAAUGUUAAACUAUGGGAGUGGUACACUAAGAUGUUGCCAUAUGUAAAACAAGAAAUUGAAAAAUGUAAGGAAGUUAUGAACUCCACCGAAAAAAAAAGCACAGUAUCUAGACAAAAUAGAUUAAGAAUGGAAUAUGCUCCAUAUUUUACUUUGGUCGACCCUGAAAAAAUGUGUGUAAUUACUAUCCUAGAAUUAUUGAAAUUAAAUUCUACUGGUGGAAUUAUCGAGGGGAUGAGAACAGCUAGGGCUGUCAUUGCCGUAGGCAAGGCUAUAGAAAUGGAAUUCAGAUCUGAACAGCUUUUAAAAAAUGAAUCACACAUUUUUAAGGAAAUUAAGCAAUCUCAAAACUUAAAAAGAUUUGUUAGAAGUGCAAAAUCGAGAUUUAGGUCAAUCAAAAUAGAGCAAUCUAAAAUCAUUUGGUCCCAACCAGCUCGUGCUAAGAUUGGUUCAAUAAUGAUCUCCAAUUUAAUUAAUGUUGCAAAAAUUGAAGUCGGGGGCAUGGAUCCGGUAACCAAAGAAAAAGUUUACGGUGAAGUACCAGCUUUCUCUCAUAGUUAUCAGUAUCAUAAUGGUUUAAAAUUAGGUGUGUUAAAAAUCCAUAAAUCUUUAGUCCAUCAAUUAAACGGUGAAAGAAUGGUAGCUGCUGUACAGCCUCAACUGCUGCCAAUGUUGGUUGCUCCAAGGGAAUGGAAGAACUGGAAAUGCGGUGGUUAUUAUUACACUCAAUCCACUCUAAUUAGAUCUAAAGAUUCACCAGAACAAGUCGCUUAUUUAAAAGCAGUAUCAGAUGCAGGUGCUAUUGAUCGAGUAUACCAUGGCUUAAAUGUCCUAGGAUCCACGCCUUGGACUGUAAAUAGAAAAAUUUUCAAUGUUAUCUCCGAAGUUUGGAAUACAGGGAAACCAUUCUUGGAUAUUCCUGGUAUACAAAAUACCUUAAAUUUAUUACCUCCACCAGCUAAAGAUGCUGAUCCUUCAAUUAUCAGACAAUGGAAAUUAAAAAAUAAGGAUAUAGCAAAUAAAUUUUCGAGUAACAGAUCUGUUAGAUGUGAUUCCAAUUAUAAAUUAGAAAUUGCAAGAGCCUUCCUUGGUGAAAAGAUAUACUUUCCUCAUAACUUGGAUUUCAGAGGCCGUGCCUAUCCUUUAUCUCCUCAUUUUAACCAUUUAGGUAAUGACAUGAGUAGAGGUUUAUUAAUAUUUUGGAGAGGUAAACAACUAGGCGCAUCCGGGCUAAAAUGGCUCAAAGUCCAUUUAUCUAACCUGUAUGGUUUUGACAAGGCUUCAUUAGAAGACCGUGUGCGUUUUGCUGAAGAAAAUAUGGAAAACAUUAAAGAUUCAGCAGAGAAUCCAUUGAAUGGGAAAGGAUGGUGGAAGUCCGCUGAUAAACCUUGGCAAGCGCUUUCGACAUGUAUUGAAUUAAAUGAGGCUUUCAAGUUGGAAAACCCAGAAGAUUUCAUUUCUCAUCAACCUGUCCAUCAAGAUGGUACUUGUAAUGGUUUGCAACAUUAUGCUGCUCUGGGUGGUGACUGUGAAGGUGCAAAACAAGUUAAUUUGAAACCUAGUGAUAAACCAAUGGAUGUUUACAAAUAUGUUGCCAAUUUAGUAGUCGAAAGAUUAAAGAAGGAGGCAGCUGGGGGGGAUGAGAAAGCUAAAGUGUUACAAGAUAAAAUCACUAGAAAAGUGGUAAAACAGACAGUAAUGACAAAUGUCUACGGUGUAACAUAUGUCGGUGCAACCUUUCAAAUAGACAAACAGCUUUCAGACGUUUUUGAAAAUCGUAACCAAUCCUUAGAAUUAUCGAAGUAUUUAACUAGACACGUUUUUAUGGCAAUCCGUGAAUUGUUUCAUGGUGCACAUCUAAUUCAAGAUUGGUUAGGGGAAUGUUCUAAUAAAAUCUCAAGAUCAAUUAGACUAGACGUUAAUGAAAAAUCAUUCAAAAAUCAAAACAAACCUGAUUUUAUGUCAUCAGUUAUCUGGACAACACCUUUAGGUCUGCCAAUCGUUCAACCUUAUCGUGAAGGCAGUAAAAAGCAAGUGAGAACAAACCUUCAAACGGUAUUUAUUAGUGAUCCUUUUUCUAUCAAUCCUGUUAAUGCUAGAAGACAAAAGGCAGGUUUCCCACCAAAUUUUAUUCAUUCAUUAGAUGCGUCUCAUAUGUUAUUAUCAGCUUCUGCAUGUGGUGAGAAAGGUUUAGAUUUUGCGUCUGUUCAUGAUUCAUAUUGGACCCAUGCUUGCGACAUUGAUAUUAUGAAUAAAGCUUUAAGAGACCAAUUUGUUGCAUUGCAUGAGGUAGAUUUAAUUCAAAGAUUAAAGAAUGAAUUUGAUGAACGUUACAAGAAUUAUGUUCAAGUGACUAAUAUAGAUCGUUCAUCUGAUCUUGCCAAAAGAAUCAUCCAGGUCCGCGCGCAACUAUCCGAAGAGCUUGGUCAUUCAUGUACAUUGGCAGAUGAAAUACAACAUGAAAGAACUCGUCAAGAAUUGUUAAACUCAGAUAAUCCAGAAGACAAAAAAAAAGGUGAAGAAAUGGUCACAAGUGUUUCAUUAACAAGUGAUCACAUUACUGCAGUUAAAGAAGUUAAAGCUAGCGCAUAUGGUUCAAUGCCAAUCAUUAUUCCAUUAAAGUUGCCACCAAUUCCUCCUAAAGGAAACUUCGAUGUCCAAGAAACUAAAGAAAGUUUAUAUUUCUUUUCAUGA